AUGUUGUCCAAACUGACAUCCGUGGUCCUCUUGACCCCGCUAUUCGCCUCCAUCGUGGCACACGCCCUUCCCGCUGCCGACUGCUCUGCAGACACGGGAACCCAUUCUUCCCACCAACCCCCACAGACACACUCCGACGUCAUGGACACCAGCAAGCUGCUCCCCAACGAUCCCCGGGUCCGCAACACCACCGCCACGAUCCGCGGCAAGACCUAUGCGUACAUUGUCGGUUUCGGCUGGCGCUACCAGGUGCCCUAUCUCAUGUCCCUGGGUUUCCGCGUCGUCGUCCCAGAUAUGCUCGGCUACGCUGGUACCGACUGCCCCGAAGACGUGCGUGACUGGUCCUUCAAGAACAUAGCGGCCGACAUCAAGGAGCUCGCUGGCAAGUUUGUGGGCGACGGGCAGAUCAUCCUCGGCGGACACGACUGGGGAGGUGCCGCUGUCUGGCGUGUCGCCUUGUGGCACCCCGAAUUGAUCAAGGCCGUAUUCAGCCUCUGCACACCUUUUAGUCCGCCCAGGAAGGACUACCUCGACCUCAAAGAUGUCAUUGCGGCCGGCAACUUGACAAACUUCCGCUAUCAGCUGCAGCUCAGAGGCCCGGAUGUCGAAAACACCCUCCAGGGCAAGGACAAUGUUCGCCUAUUCCUCAACGGCAUGCAUGGCGGGGUUGGUCCCAAUGGCGAACUGGGCUUUUCCGCCGAAAACGGCGGCGUUCUGUUUGAUAAUCUGACCAAGCUGGCAAGGCCCAAGGGGAUGACGGGCGAUGAGCUCGACUUUUACGUCCAGCAGUACAUGCGCCAGAAAGCACCGCAGCUGCAUGGCCCGCUCAACUGGUAUCGCACUAGCAAGAUCAGCUGGGAGGAGGAGCUUCCGCUAGCAGGCAAGAAAACCUCGCUGGAAAUGCCGACGCUGUUCAUCUCGGCGACAAACGACACGGCGCUGCCCCCAUCCAUGUCCAUCGGCAUGGAGCAGUACAUGCCCAAGUUGACCAGGGGAGAGGUUCAAAGCUCGCACUGGGCGCCGACCGAGGCAAGCGCCGACGUCAACAAGCAGCUGGGCAAGUGGCUGGAUGGUGUACUCAAUGGAGCUGUCAAGUCGGCUUUGUAA